AUGGCUACUCCUACUGUACUUACUUUCGAUGCUGAGGGCCGUCCAGUGAAGUUCGAAACCUGGCUCGAUGACCUCCACCUCUUCCUACAGCUCACUGCUAGGAGGACAUUUCACUUCACCCGCCUCCCCGACUCCCUGCGCACAGUCAGGGACCACUUCCUCUCUCGCUCCCCCACUGAACUCACCAUUGCCCUCCUCGAGAAGGAACUGCUUGCAGCUGAGGCGAGCAUCGUCGCUGUAGGCACCUCUCGUGGCGACCCUCGCACCCCGUUCUUUGAGGGGUGUUCCCCUUCCCCUCUCCUCCCCUCUGUCGCCUCUGCUGCUGCUGUCGACCUCCUUGGUGCUGAGAAGGUCGGGACCGCGUCUGCUUCGAGCGGGCGCCGCAAGAGCAAAGGGGGCAGGGUGGAGGUGGAGGAGGAGGAGGUGGGGGUGGAGGCGGUGGGAGUGGAGGAGCGGCUGGGGAGGCUAGUGGGCAGUGGGGGGUGUGGAGAGGGUGCUCAGUACUUGCGUGUUCCGCCCGACCCGGGCAUUCAGACCAGUCCGGCUGCCGCUCUAGGUGCUAGUGAGUCUGCUGCCCCAGGUCCUGGUGAGGCUGCUGCUCUAGGUGCUAGUGAGUCCGUGCCCGCUGGUACUGAGUCGACUGCAGCACUGCACACCUUCACACUGGACUCAGGCACACUGUCAGGUCUCUACCUCCCCUCGUUCUCUACGAACUUGGUGGCAGGUAGUGCGCUCCAGGACAGGGGUGUUCACCAGUUCACCCCUGCUUACGAGCGCGUGACACACUGCACGUGUGCUCGGACAGGCCGUCACCUGGCUACCUUCACUCGGCAGCCGGGGUCGGACCUGUACACACUGACCACUGCGUCCCCUCAGGUAGCUGCGUCCGCGUCUGCGUCUGCGUCAGGUCAGCUGUCCGCCCCCUGCUCGUGUCGCUCUCUGGCGCAUGAGACUGUCCUCUGGCACCACCGCCUUGGUCACCCGUCUGUGCAGCGCCUUCGGGCCAUGCACAAACGGGACCUUGUUGCUGGUCUUCCCAGGGUUCUACCUCCCCUCCCACCCUCGCCUGCUCCUCCCUGUCUUCCCUGUGUCGAGGGGUGGCAGCGCGCCGCUCCUCACUCCUCCUCCUUCCCCGACGACUGCUCCCUUACAGACGCUCCACAUGGACGUGUGGGGCCCAGCCCGCGUCCGUGGUCAGGAUCUCGUCUCCAGCUCAGUGAGCGCUUCCGCUCCGACUUCCCUGUCCUGCGUCUGCACUCUGACAGAGGUGGUGAGUUUUCCUCUGGCCUCUUGAGGGCCUUCUGUCAGCAGGAGGGCAUUGAGCAGUCGUUCACGCUUCCGGCCUCUCCACAGCACAAUGGGGUUGCUGAGCGCCGCAUUGGCUUGGUCAUGGAGGUCGCUCACUUCUUCGACACUGCGUUGGACGGGAGAGGCUGGCGAUGCGUCGCGUUUUCGGGUCUGGGGAUGUCGAGCUUUGUUCGCGAUACGUCCGCGGACAAGCUCUCCCGUCGAGCUGUCCCCUGUGUCUUCCUUGGCUUUGUCCCGGACGCGCCUGGUUGGCAGUUCUACCACGCCACCUCGCGUCGUGUCCUGGCCUCUCAGGACGUCACUUUUGACGAGUCCGUCCCCUACUACCGCCUCUUCCCCUACCGCACUGCCCCGCUCCCCCCCCGCCUCUCUUCCUCGCUCCAGGUAGACCCGGUUGAGCCUGUCGAGGUAGCUGUUGACUCUCGUCCUGCUGGGGGUGCUGGCCUGACCUCUGGAGGUGCUGAGCCUGGAGGUGCUGCGUCUGGGGGUGCUGCGUCUGGGGGUGCUGAGCCUGGGGGUGCUGAGCCUGACCGUGCUGAGUCUGGGGGUGCUGAGCCUGGGGGUGCGGAGCCUGGAGGUGCGGAGUCUGGAGGUGCUGAGCCUGGGGGUGCUGCUGUCUGGGGGUGCUGUAUCUGGAGUCUUCGGAGUGGUGCUCCUGGUGCUGCAGACCCUGGGGGUGGCGCUGCUACUGGUACUGAGGACCUGCGCGGUGGCGCUACUGCUGCUGUUGAGGACCCGGGCGUUGGAGCUGCCGCGGGUGCUGAGGAUCCGAGCGGUGGCGCUUCUGCUGGUGCUGAGGACCCGGGCGUUGGAGCUGCUGCUGGUGCUGAGGACCUGGGCGGUGGCGCUGCUGCUGGUGCUGAGGACCUGGGCGUUGGAGCUGCUGCUGGUGCUGAGGACCCGGACGUUGGAGCUACUGCUGGUGCUGAGGACCCUGCGCUGGGUGUCUCUGCUGGUUCUGGAGACGCUGCGCGGCCGCGACCUCACAGUUACCGCCUGCCUCGCCUCUCCCUGCUCCCUCUCCUUACACUGGUCCCACGGGAGGUCUUACGGAGCGUCCGUGUCCCGCUACCGUCUCCUCCUGCUUCCUCUCUUCCUACUCUUCCUGACCCGGAGUCUGACUCCCGUCGUGCUGCCAGUCCCACUGUCACGCGUCUCCUCGCUACUGUUGUCACCGACCCUACCUUUGAGUCCUCUGCUGCGUCUGCGCUGGUCGCUGAGUUGGUUGACUUUGCUGCCCGCUGUCGUCUAGACUACGCCGCUAGCCUUGUCGCUGAGUCUGCGUCUGAGUCUGUCUGUCCUCCGUCCGUCGUGGGUGAGUGUGCUCUUGGCACGGCGUCCUUGAGGACAGAAGGGAGGAGUUCCAGUGCCUUGCUGCUGUUUUGCCCGUCUCUCGUGUCCUUACUAGUUGCCCCUGAGGGAGACCCGGAUGCUCCUGACAUCCCGACCCCGCGCACUUACGCUGAGGCGAUGGCGGGUCCCUACUCCUCUCAGUGGCAGACAGCCAUGGACGCAGAGACGGUUCCUGGAAGUCCACAGGCACCUACGUCGACGAGGUUCCCCCACCUGGGGCGAACAUCGUCAGUGGCAUGUGGAUUUUCAGGGUGA